AUGAGGGACCGAAGACAAGAGACUCGAGUGGAGGGUGUGGAGGAAGGAACUCAUCAAACAGGCCAGCUUCAGGAAAGGAACGUAUCCUUAAGGGUGGGGCCCUCUGGCCACUCGCCCAGUCGUGACUCAGCUUUGGCAGGCUGGCGAACAGGUCAGGGGCCCGGGGCUGUGCGGGACCGAAACAAAGCCGCGCUCGAACGCGCCCUCCCCGGGCCGCGCCGCACCUGCAGCGCCGCCUCGGCUCCCUCCCCUCCCGGGGGCGGCACUGGCUGUUGCCAGGCAGGCCCGGCCCGCGGCGGCUGCAGUUGGCUCCCGGUCUCCCGCCGCCCGUCGCCUCCGCGCCGCCUCCGCCCGGUUCUUCAUGAUUCCAAGGUUGCUGGCCUGAGAGUUACAUUUGGAACUGCAAGACACCUUCAGGGUCCCUUUGGCUUUCCUCUGGCGAUGGAGAAGACUUGGGUUUGGGAUCAGAUGGACAUGGGCUGGUCCUACAACCAGCUUCACCUGAAGAAUGAGACAAAGGGGUGCUAUUCCAGUCUGGGCCUAGGCAGAGCCAGCAACCUACCCCAAGGAUCCAAGUGUGUGAGGGAGGCCCUGCUCCAGCCAGGCUGGCUGAUCCGCAUGGAUUUAUCCUUACAGAGCACUGCUAAGCUCUACUAAAGUUCUGGCCCUCAGAAUUGGGAGCAAUAAAAACAGUUUGUGAUUUAAGCCACCACAUUUUGGAUAAUUUCCUUAUAUCCAUAAGUAACAAAAGCACCAUAGUCUCUGGACUCUAGUCUCUUCACCUACAAAUGCUGGUUCUGUCUUCCAUCUUUGAUAUUGGGCCUCCAUAACUCAUGUCCAUCUCUCUUUCCACAAGUGUGUCUCUCAACAUGUGGCUGCCAAACAAGCAGUUGAAAUUACGGAAAGUGCCCCCAAACCCCAGAGGUUACUAUCAUUCAUUCACCUGGAAUUUGUCAAGGAAAACAGAAGAAUGUAUUAUCUUGAAGCACUGGCUUGGGAGUCAGUAGCACUGGCUUUGAGUUUAAUUUUGGACUAGUUUCUUUCUUCAGGUCUCCAUCUCUUUAUCUGUAAAAUGGGAUAAUAAUAAUACCUACUUCAGUGUGAAUGUGAGGGUUAUAUGAGGUGGUGGUGUCGGGAUGUUGCUUAGCACGGUGCCUGCAUGUGGAAGGAAAUAAAGUGUAGCUUUCUCUU